GGCAACUGUUAGACUGAAAGCCUACGUAAAACAAAACUAACGCAGCCGUUGAAGUAGCUGUGAAUUCAAAACCAUAAUAAUAGAUAUCUAUAGGUAAUAAUUUUAUUUCGAACCAAAGAACACUUCACAGAACUGAAUAAAAUGAAUGUAUAAUUGAAGGGAAGCAAAAGGCUAUUGCCAUAGGAAAUACGCACAGAAGCUAUGUUCCUACACACACCCGUAAAAAUGUUACACGUAAUUCAUAUUUUCGAAACAUUUCUUCUAGUAUUUGAAAAAUGUACACAUUUCUCCUGCUCGUUACCAACUGUUGUAAACUAUCUCUAGUUUUGUAUGAUUGUUGACUGUGCACAACAGUUUUAACACUCAUUCCCAAUUCGUGCACUAAAUAUUUCCCAAACACUAGGAGGUGUAAGCAUGAGUCUUUAUUUUAUCCAAUGUAAAAAUCAACCUUAUCGAACACACCCUUGAUAAUUAACUGUUAUCGGAUCGUCUACAAUCCUGUACUAUAUAUAUUACCGCCAACAACUAGACUUAUUGUGACAUGUUUAUUCAAUUAUUUUUGUAACACUAAAUAAACACCGCACUUUCCCCUAUUUGUCACACUUUAUAUAUAAUAUCUGGCGGCCUGCUUGAAUAUCUGGGCUACCUGUUUCUGCCAUCUGAUUAUUUCAACAAGUUAUCCGUUUUUCACUUGUUUUAGUUUAUAAUUAUAUCCAUUAAUUGCAUAACCUAUUCAGGUGCUUUUGUGAAAGGCCUACGACCUUUCGCUGCACAAGUUACGAAAAAGUACUAUAAAAGGCAUCGUGAUGGUUGGCAAUAUGCGUUAAAGAGAAUGAACAUUAAUCGUAUGUCGAUUCCCGAGCUACCAAAUUCUAACUGCCGGUCACUAUUCAACAAAGUGGACUAUCUGCAAUUCCUGCUUAGUCAAAAUACGUACCGUAAUUGUGGUGUCAUCACAAUUCAAGAAUCUUGGUUGAAUGAUUUACAGGAUGACUGCCUUGUAUCGCUACAUGAUUUCAAAAUUUAUCGUCGGGAUCGAUCGAACAAUAAAAAGAGGUGUGGUGGCGGUGUAGCUACGUUUGUAAACAUAAACUGGUGUCGAUCUUCGUUUGUGUGUUUUAAGUUUUCAAAUGACUUUGUCGACUGUCUAACUCUAAGAUGUCGUCCAAAACAUCUGAAUAAAUACAAAUGUGUUUAUGUUACCAAUAUCUACGUGAUUCCAGAUUGCACAUCAUCUGCGCUAUCUGUUUUCGCUGAUGAAUUGACUGAGUUCGCAGUUUCUGCCUUCAAUGAUUCAUUUUCAGUUGUAUGUGGUGAUUUCAAUUCAUGUGACUGUAGCUUCCUUACGUCACUAGGUCACCAAAAUGUAGUGGAUUUUCCUACCCGUUUGGAUGCUAAUCUAGACGUCGUCUUCAUUAAUGAUAUGGGUGUAUAUGCGACUCGUAAACGUGCUCCAUUGUCUAGCUCAGAUCACUGUAUAAUUCGUGUUCUACCUAAAGUAUAUGGAAAGCAUGGGAAGAGUACACUCUUACAUCAAACCAAGAAAGUCAAAUAUAGGAAUUACUCAGAAGAAAAUAUCCGAAAUCUGAAAAACAUGUUUCAUACGACUAACUGGGAAUUAUUUACAGAUGACUCACUCGAAAACACUACUGAUGUUAUUACUUGCUACCUUAAAUUCUGUUUUGAUAUUUGUUGUCCCACUGAAACCAUUUUUGUAACUUUUGAUCGACUUACAUCUUCACAACUAAAACGACUACGGAGGAUGAAAGGAAGAAUGUACAAAGAGAAGAACUCUAAUGAAGUUCGUAAGCUAAAUGGUCUGAUAAACCUAGAGAUUAGACGUCUCAACUGUAUGUUUACUCAAAAACUCUUAUCUUGCAAAAACUCUCCAAGUAUGUGGAAAUUCUUUAAAGAACUUACAGGUGACAGAAAGUUUAGAAGCGAUAACCAGCUGAAUGUUUGUGACUUAAAUAAGUCUUUUGUACGUCAGUCAUCUGAUGUGAUGCUCCCUCUAUCCACGGGUUUAAAAAAUAGCUGUGUUCCAACUUUCACUGAAACUGAUGUACGAGGAUGUCUUCAGUCGCUUAAUUCAUCUCGAUGUUUGGGUCCUGAUGGUAUCCCAAACAUCCUAUUUAAAAAAUGUGCUGACGUUCUGUGUCAUCCGUUCACAACUAUAUUUAACAGAUCUUUCUCAUCUAAUCUCAUACUGAAAAUGUGGAGAAAGAUGAAGAUAAUUCCUGUAACCAAGAAAGCAUUUGGUGAUAAGAAUGUAAAAUGUAGACCUAUUGCAAUAACUUCACCUUUCCUCAAAACCAUGGAAAAAUUAUUAAUACUUCCACUUCAGCCAGCGAUAAAAGAGCAUACUGACCCAUGCCAGUUUGCAUACAGGCGCAAAAGAAGCACUUUAGAUGCUGUUGCAGUUCUGCAUCACAACAUAGUGUUCAACUUAGAAAAGGGUAAGAAGUAUGUUCGAUGUGCUUUUCUGGACUAUACUUCAGCUUUUGACUCUAUACCAAGACAACGUUUACUUAACAAGUUAAUCAGCGUCAAUACUGACAGCUGGAUAACCAACUGGCUAUGUUCCUACCUCUCUGGAAGGGAACAGUACAUUGUGUUUGGAGGAAAGAGUUCAGAUUCUCUACUGUCUCAGGAAGGUGUACCACAAGGAGCUGUUCUUUCACCUCUUCUUCUCUCUUUUUUUCUGCAUGACCUGCCAUCUUCCACAGAAAACACUUUUGUAAAGUACGCGGAUGAUCUCACUGUAUGUAUGCCUAUAUCUUCCUCUUUAAAUCCCAUAGAAAUGAAUGAGUUUUUGUCUCGUAUUGAUUGUUGGUCUGUUGGUAAUGGUCUCAUACUUAAUCCAUCUAAAUGUCAAGCUGUUAACUUUAGUAUGAGACAUGAACGGAAAAUAAACACUAUUUUGAGAUCCCAUAGUGCUUGUAUCAUCGGAGACUCCUUGAUAAACUCAGUGUCGAAGAUCAAUUAUCUUGGUGUCACCUUUUCCGCUGAUCUCUCUUGGUAUUCCCACUUUUUAUCAUUACCAAAGAAGGUUUUCCGUCUGACCUACUACAUAAAGAGAUUGCAUGCUCUUGGAAUUACUCGUCAUUUACUCUUACAAUUUGUCAAUUCUUGCAUAUUACCUAUUAUUCUUUACUGUUCUCCAUUAUUGUUUCCCGGGAUUUUGAGAAAAGACUUUGCUGUAUUGCGAAGAGUGCUGAAGGCAGUUAGCAAGACGUGUGGUGAAUCUUUCGAGGUCAUAAUUAAUAUGGUUGUGGAUAGACAUUUAAAACCAUGCAAACGCCUGGCAGGUGUUAUUUUAUAAGAUACUAGCCGUCCCCUUCACUCUUAUCUUUCUCCUUGUAUAUCUUCUGGUAGAACGAGACGUAAUUACAUUAAAAUCCUUGCACGCAAGGAAAAGUAUAAAAGUUCUAUAAUACCUUACCUAGCAAAUAUACUCUGUGACAAACAGGUUGUUAGAGUUAACCUAGUCAAUAACUUACAUUCUUAACAUGUCUUUAAUUUUAAAAGUUUGUAGUUUUUUUUGGUUUUUUUAUAUUUCUUUUUGUAUUUGCUACUGCCUUUUUGUUUGUUGUUGAGUAAGUAACUUGUUGAAAUACCCUGUGCUGAGAAUUCUAUAUUGUACCAAAAUAUAAUACUGAAUAAAG